AAAAUCGUAGUGAGGCUUUGUCUAUCUAUAAAAAUUUUGCGAUCAUGAUCCGUACUCAGUUUGAUACUCCUAUUAGGGUCUUUCGUGCUGAUUCUGCUGGGGAGUAUUUAUCUGGAGCGCUUAGUCAGUUCCUUUCUGAGCAAGGCACUCUUGCUCAAUUCUCUUGUCCUGGUGCUCAUGCUCAGAAUGGUGUUGCUGAGCAUAAGCAUCGUCAUUUGCUUGAGACUGCUCGUGCUCUUAUGAUUGCUUCUUCUAUUCCACCCCAUUUUUGGGCUGAAACUAUUUUCACUGCCACUUAUCUGAUUAAUAUUCAGCCUUCAUCCUCUCUUCAUGGUGGGAUUCCGUAUGAGCGUCUUUGUGGCAAGCUCCCUGACUAUUCUUGUCUUCGUCUUUUUGAAUGUGUGUGCUAUGUGCUUCUUGCACCUCGUGAGCGCACUAAGUUGACCGCUCAAUCUGUUGAGUGUGUUUUCUUGGGAUAUAGUGCUGAGCAUAAGGGGUAUCGUUGUUGGGAUCCUGUUGGCCAUCGGAUAAGGGUUUCACGGGACGUUACUUUUGAUGAGUCUCGUCCUUUUUAUCCUCGUCCUUCUCCUGAUGCUUCUCAUAUAUCUAUCAUUGAGCCACUCUCUUUUCUACUAUUUCCUGAUACUCCUAUUGCCCCUCCACACCUAGUGCCUUCCUCUGAAGUUUCUGUUGAGUCUCAUGUAGUUCCUUCACCUGUGGAGCCUUCUUCUAUGGCUCCUUCAUCUGUGGUCCCUUCUUUUUCAGAGGAUAUUUCACCGGUUCCUGUGGGCACUGCUUAUGACAGUAAACCGCCUGUCACACGUGUUUACACACGUACUCGGCGGAUUGCGAAACCAUCUUCUGAUGCGUCAUCUCCUUUUGAUGAGCCAUCUACCUCUGUUGCACCUUCUCCUCUUGAUGAUUCAUCUUCUUCUGAUGUAUCAUCUCUUCAUGAUGAGACAGCUUCUGCUGUGGGUUCUACACGGUAUGCUCUUCGUGAUCGGCAAUCGAUUCGGCCUCCAGAUAGGCUUGGAUUUGCGGGUACUGUUCUUUCUGAGCCUACUUCUUACCGUGAUGCCAUUCAUCAUCAGGAAUGGCAGCAUGCUAUGGCAGAGAAGAUUGCUGCUCUUGAGCGCACUGGCACAUGGGAUCUUGUUCCUAUUCCCGCACAUGUCCGUCCUAUCACUUGUAAGUGGGUUUACAAGGUUAAGACCCGCUCUGAUGGUUCUCUUGAGCGCUACAAAGCUCGUCUUAUAGCGCGUGGUUUUCAGCAAGAGCAUGGUUGAGACUAUGAUGAGACUUUUGCACCUGUGGCUCAUAUGACCACGGUUCGCACUCUCCUUGCUGUGGCUUCUGUUCGUGAGCGGUCUAUAUCUCAACUUGAUGUGAAGAAUGCCUUUCUUAACGGUGAACUCCGUGAGGAAGUGUAUAUGCAGCCACCACCUGGGUAUUCGGUCCCUGAGGGUAUGGUUUGUCGUCUUCGUCGCUCGCUUUAUGGCCUCAAGCAAGCUCCUCGUGCUUGGUUUCAACGUUUUGCCUCUGUGGUCACUGCUGCUGGCUUUUCUGCCAGUACUCAUGAUCCUGCGCUCUUUGUUCACACUUCCUCUCGUGGUCGGACUCUUCUCAUUCUUUAUGUUGAUGACAUGAUCAUCACAGGAGAUGAUCCUCAGUUUAUUGCCUUUGUGAAGGCACGUCUCAAUGAGCAGUUUCUUAUGUCUGAUCUAGGUCCUCUCCGUUACUUUCUUGGGAUCGAGGUUUCUUCCACACCUCAGGGUUUUUAUCUGUUUCAAGAAAAGUACAUUCAGGAUCUUCUUGAUCGUGCUUCUCUCACUGACCAUUGUACUGUAGAGACUCCCAUGGAACUUAAUGUUCAUCUUCGUGCCACUGAUGGGGAGCUUCUUGCAGAUCCCACUCGUUAUCGUCAUAUUGUUGGGAGUCUUGCCUAUCUUGGUGUUACUCAUCCUGAUAUCUCAUAUGCUAUACAUAUCCUGAGUCAGUUUGUGUCUGCUCCCACUCAGCUUCACUAUAGUCAUCUCCUUCGUGUUCUACGUUAUCUUCAUGGGACCAUAUCUCGUCGCUUGUUCUUUCCAUGCUCCAGCUCUUUACAGCUUCAGGCAUAUUCUGAUGCUACUUGGGCUAGUGAUUCCUCUAAUCGUCGAUCUCUUUCUGCUUACUGUGUUUUUCUUGGUGGUUCUCUCAUUGCUUGGAAGACUAAGAAGCAAGUAGCAGUUUCUCGUUCGAGUGCAGAGGCUGAGUUGCGAGCUUUGGCUCUUGUGACAGCAGAGGUUACUUGGCUGCGGUGGUUGCUUGAGGAUUUUGGUGUUUCUGUUUCUGGGCCGACUCCUCUUUUGUCUGACAGUACAGGUGCCAUCAGCAUUGCUCGUGAUCCGGUGAAGCAUUAGCUUACUAAACACAUUGGUGUUGAUGCUUCAUAUACACGAGCACAGGUACAAGAUGAUGUCAUUAUUCUUCAGUAUGUGCCUUCAGAGCUUCAGUUGGCAGAUUUCUUUACGAAGGCACAGACCCGAGUUCAGCACAGGUUCUAUCUCUCCAAACUCAGUGUCGUUGAUCUACCUUGAGUUUGAGGGGGGGUGUUAGAUGUAUAUGUAUCUCUUGUAUUUUCCCUAUUGUAUAAGGGGUUUUGUGCAUAUUUCCUAACACCUGUACAUGUAUAUAUUUGGGCCUAGAGCCCUCAUGAUAAAUACAAGUGCUAUUCAUAAUAGUGGGAUAUAAAAGCUUGUCGGUACCUCCAUUGUAUGUGAAAUUUGAACCCUUAACAAUUUCCAUUUUGACAUCUGCAGAGCCAACAGGUGGCAGUGAAACAGCUGAAUGAAUGUUAGGUGAUUUUAUAGAAGAUGCUCCUGUUACUGUUCCAUUUAGCAAGGGCUGCUUCGAGAUAACUGGGGAUGUCACUGGGGUUGACAGAUUCCUGGGUGAUCCAGUGGUGACCUUAGAAGCUGCAUGCUGGAAUCCAUUUUUUGCACUUGAGGCUGUCAUUUUAGGCACAGUAGUUGAAGGGACGAGAGCUUCCUUCCCUUCUUCCAUCUACUUAUGGGAAAGGAAA